CACGACGACUACCAGCAACAACGUCACCAUCAUCACCACGUUGACCACCGACACGACGAGCACGGGCGUGCAGCAUGGAUGUGAUGUACGUAGUGACGGUGCUGGUACUGUUGCUGCUGGCAAUCUCGUUCGCACUGGCAGCGACGGUAACCACACCGGCUGAAAAUGCCGCCUCACCCGGCGGCCCUUACCGAACCGUCAUCGUUACGCACGAUCGUACCGCUGCCGCACCGUGCCGGUCGCCACUGAUCGAUCGGCUCUGUACGCACGUGACGGCCACCCUCGGUAUCGGGCUGGUAGCGCUGCUAGUGGCGCUUCUCAGCACCGGCGGCAUUAGUGAGAUGCGGGCGAAACUGUCAUCGGUCGCGGCAGUUCGUGCGCUAACGGUGGUGCGUCCGGGUGCCACCGCCGGCCGGACCAGCAAAACCAUCGUCACCAGCUGCGGUGGAACCAGCACUGCCGCCGCGGUAGUGCUGCUGUCCGUGAGGCAGCUACUACCACUAAUACUAGGAAUUGCCGCCAUGUUGCCUGUGAUUGACGCCGGAUACCACGAGAAACGGUUGCUGCACCAUCUGCUGGACAACUACAACGUGCUCGAGCGGCCCGUCGUCAACGAGUCGGACCCGCUGCAGCUCAGCUUUGGUUUGACUUUGAUGCAAAUCAUUGACGUGGACGAGAAAAAUCAGCUCCUCAUCACGAAUAUUUGGCUGAAAUUGGAGUGGAACGAUAUGAACGUCAGAUGGAACUCGUCCGAGUAUGGUGGGGUGCGUGAUUUACGGAUACCACCGCAUCGUCUCUGGAAGCCGGACGUUCUGAUGUACAACAGUGCGGACGAAGGAUUCGAUGGGACGUACCCAACCAACGUGGUCGUACGGAACAACGGUUCCUGCCUGUACGUACCGCCGGGAAUUUUCAAAUCUACCUGCAAAAUCGACAUCACCUGGUUUCCGUUCGAUGAUCAGCGCUGCGAGAUGAAGUUCGGCUCGUGGACGUACGACGGGUUUCAGCUUGAUCUACAGCUGCAGGAUGAGUCCGGAGGAGAUAUUAGCAGCUUCAUCACCAACGGCGAAUGGGAGCUACUGGGUGUGCCUGGGAAGCGGAAUGAAAUCUACUACAACUGCUGCCCGGAACCGUACAUCGACAUCACCUUCGCGAUACUGAUCCGCCGCAAAACGCUCUACUACUUCUUCAACCUGAUCGUACCGUGCGUGCUGAUCGCUUCGAUGGCACUGCUGGGUUUCACGCUUCCACCCGAUUCCGGCGAAAAGCUAUCGCUCGGUGUCACGAUUCUGCUAUCACUCACAGUCUUCCUAAACAUGGUCGCCGAGACGAUGCCGGCUACAUCAGACGCAGUGCCUCUCCUAGGAACCUACUUCAAUUGCAUCAUGUUCAUGGUUGCCUCAUCGGUUGUGUCUACGAUCUUGAUCCUGAACUAUCACCACCGCAACUCCGACACGCACGAAAUGUCCGAAUGGAUUCGCGUUGUGUUCCUGAUCUGGUUACCGUUCAUCCUGCGCAUGAGUCGACCGGGUGAACCCUAUCCACAUCCAUGCCGUCCAACAGUGGACGAAAAGAACAAGCAACUGCAGGAAGUGGAGAUGCGUGAACGGUCCUCCAAGUCACUGCUGGCCAACGUUCUGGACAUCGACGACGACUUCCGGUGCAAUCACCGGUGCAACACGCUGCCACACAACCCCACCUACUACCGGACCGUCUACCGCCAGGGUGAGGAUGGUAGUGUAGGGCCGAUCGGUGCGACCGACACGAUCGGCAGGGCCGCCGGCCUCGGUACGAUUAGUGCCGGUGGUGGCCGCCUGCACGAAACCGUUUCCUCGCACACCUGUCUCAGCUCGUCCGCCGAGUACGAGCUGGCGCUGAUACUGAAGGAACUACGCUACAUCACCGAUCAGGUGCUCCGUAAGGAGGACGAGAGUGGCGAAAUUACGCGCGAAUGGAAGUUCGCCGCCAUGGUAGUCGAUCGUCUGUGCCUUAUCAUAUUCACCCUGUUCACGAUCAUCGCCACGCUGGCUGUCCUUUUCUCUGCGCCGCACUUUAUCGUUUCAUAACAACCAUCAGCACGGCGGCACACCGGCACGAACGGUCACCACGAACGCAUCACCUCCACUCCUGCUUCCCGCCCCACAACCG